AUGAUCGACCUCCUUGAAGUGAAAAGACGCUACGAAGCCGUGCUGGCAGUUGAAGAUAGCAGAGACAAGAUUCUUCAGAACCUGUUUGCUCAAGUUGAAAGCCUGCAGAGAGCUCUUCAAAACACGCUUGGUGAUGCGAAGUUCCAGGAAUUGAAGAAGUAUAAAACAGAGUACGACGACUUGCGGCUUGACCAGUCCAAGUUAAGUUUUGUAUCUGUGCUUGUCGACGGUGACUGCAUGAAUUUCAACGAUACUCUCAUCCGACAAGGCUACAACGGUGGACGCAAGGCUGCCAUGCUUCUCCGAAAGUCCGUCGAGCGUCACAUCCGUGAUAUCGACCCCCAGGCCAGCCCAAACAUUCAGUACCGCAUCCGAGUGUACGCCAACGUUCCGGGUCUGAUGAAGACGUACCGGGAAGCGCACAUAUUGCGUUCCAAUGAAGCGCUAGAUCCAUUCAUUCGGGGAUUCAAUAUGGAGAACAGCCUGUGCGAUUUUAUCGAUGCAGGAAACGGCAAGGAGUGUUCAGACGUCAAAAUACGGGCAACAUUCGAACAAGACAUUCUAGACGUCCACUGCCGUCGUAUCGUCUUCUGUGGCUCGACCGACAAUGGCUACGCACGCAUCCUCGGCUCCCACCAAGGAUCCAACCGCAUCUCGCUCGUCCAGGGAGCACCCUUUGCAUGGGAAAUGGAGCAGCUAGCAAGCGAGUUCCAAACCACAUCCUUCCCGGAGGUCUUCCGAUCCACAAAGUUACCCUCCCGAGCAUCAUCCUUCAGCGCAUUCAAAACCGCAUCCGCCAACUCGUCACCCAGCAGCUCUCCAACCAGCCUCAGCACGCCAUCAACGCCAAAACGCAACUACGCCACAAUUGCCAAGUCGAACCUCCAAGCGACAUCCCCCACCAGAACAAACAGAUCCAAGCGAUCGAAAAUCUCAGUCAUAACAUUCGACAUCUCCCCCUCAUACGACACCCAUAUCCAAUUCAACACAGUCCAGCUUAACAAUUACGAAGAUCGAGGUACUGCAGUAGAUAUCAUAUUCUAG